UAGCCAGUGUGCAGGGUGAGGUUAUUGACAAAUUUGCCUUGCGUGAUGAACAGAAAGAGCAUUCUGGAGAUAAUGGAGCAGCAUGAAUCAACCGCUGGUGUGAAAGUCCGCAAAUCUUCCGGGACGUAUGCAGGCACUUCGUAUUGACACCUCGAUUCGGUGUAAGGACUCCCGGUGGCAAAUGUGGCAUUUAUGAGUGAGCAUUGCAGCUCGGAGUCAGCUAGGUUGUGGCCAUGGCUGGGUUAAUGUUGAAUUCCGCUCAUUGCUUACACCAGUUAUGUCAAAGUAAUCAGGAAUGUUUGCAUCCUUGGUAUGUUGCGUCAACCGUUUCCAAUUGCGCUUCGAUGUGCUCGAAUUCGGGAUUCAGUGUAGGAGGAAAGGUAGGGAUCAGCACUCGGGAAUGGCCUGCUUCUAGGGGUCAGGAGUUGAAAUGGAGGACACCAGCUGUUGCGAGGGCGCCUGCGGAUGAGGCAAUAGUAGAUGCGAAGCGAGUAAUUGAUGAGAUAUUGAUGAGCAAAGGGGUCAACGGUGUGGGAGGUUUGGCGGAGGUUUCCUGGGCAUUGUAUGCGGACGAGAAGACGAAGGGAUGUCUAGCAGAUGCAGUGAAGACGCUAGGAGAGUGCCGGGGGCAAGACUUCGGUGAAUUUCUGAAAUCCAUCGACGGGCACGGCAUUUGGGAGGUAUUUUAUGCACCACAUAUUACCAGAUUAACCAGCGCAGUGGGAACGCAAAUAAGGCCGCUCCGGUAUAUUCUAACGGACUCUGGCUUCAUCAGCAAUGUGCGUUACCUAAGUCCAGUUGGAGACGGGUGGCUUAGUGCUGCAGGGGAUUAUGUGGUACGAGAUGGUCGAACAGUAGAAAUUCUAUUUGAUUCAUUCUGGUGGGACAUUGGCCGCGAUAAUUUGCAACCUGACCCCAAGGGCAAGGGGAGCAUUGAAAGAACGCUUGUGAAUAUCACAGGAAAAGGUGCCUUCAUUCCUUCAUUGUCCAUUUAUCCUGUGUACUACGCAGAUAAAGACAUUAUCAUUUUCGAGUUCACUACACUGGGAACUAAAAUUGCUGCUCGAAAGGUCGGGCCAGCAGCAGUUGUGUAACGCCAAAUUCUGUAAUGUUAUUACUGUUAUUAAUUUGUGAUAUUUAAGUUCAGACUUCAGGUGGAUGUUGAGAUUUGUUAAAUUUCUCGGUGAUGAAGUAUACAAUCGCAUUCUCUA